GAACCAAUCGCAUUGAAGCAUUUGAACGGAUCCGAGUUCAGAGUUCAUAAUUGCUUCCUGCAACCAACAACGGCGUGGAAUCGUCGUUGAAGCUCAUACAGAAUCAAAAUGAGUUUACCGUUGAAUCCCAAACCGUUCCUGAAUGGUCUGACUGGCAAACCCGUAAUGGUGAAGCUGAAGUGGGGUAUGGAAUACAAAGGUUACCUGGUGUCCGUGGACAGCUACAUGAACAUGCAGUUGGCCAACACUGAAGAGUAUGUGGAUGGAGCAUUGGCUGGUCAUCUGGGAGAAGUGCUUGUCAGAUGCAACAAUGUGUUGUUCAUAAGAGGAGUGGAGGAAGAGGAGGAGGAUGGUGAAAUGAAAGAUGCUUGAACAGUGCAUGCUUUCUUUAUAUGCUUGUUUUGAUGUCUGCUUGCAAAUGUUGUUCAACGAAUUAGCCCAAUGUUUUUUGUUUUGUAUUUUUAGCUUGUGAAAAAACUGUCUCACUUGAAAGUAUCUUGCGAAACAGUAAUGUCCUUUUUAUAUGAACCAAGCUGUUGUGCCCUAGUGAGCACAAGGAUAAUAAAAUUGUGCAUAUUGCACUUUUCAGGAA